CGCGUUGGCAAAGCAAAACCACAUCAGCCGGGGAUCGAUGGGCGAGUCCAGAUCUGCCGUCGUCGACUUGGAGAAAGCAACCUUCGAUUUGGAGCAAGGCGCCGCAGUCGAGCGCGACUAUAAGGAAGAAGCAGCGCGGCGCACGGGGAUGUUUCUUGGCGGCUUCUUGCUCCUGCUCGACGUUAUUAUUCUUGUGUCCUCCGGCCUGUGGGCAGGCUUCGCGGCGGCUAUCCUGUUCGCGGCAGUAAUCUUAUUUGUAGUUUCGAUUGUGCGCCGAGCUGGCCCUUGGCCUGAUGAAGAUGACGACGAUGUCCGCCGGGAAGUAGUGGACAUCAAAGCAGCUCCAGCUCCACCAGCAGAAAUAGAGUCACGCUCUUUUGAUCUUUUGCGUGAUGCUCCUCAUACUUUUAUCCUUCCAACGUUGCUCCCUCUUAUACUAUAUUCAUGAUGUUUUUGCUUGACAAACUAUCUUCAUGAUGUAUGUUGUAUGGGUGCAUAUGAAGAUGCUCAAAGGUUCCCUA